AUGGAAUCAGAAACAAAUGUAACGGAUUCUACCGCAGCAAGUGAUCAAAAUGAAAGUGGCGAUAAAACAAAGGAGAUCGCCCAGUUAGAAAACUUGCUAAUCGAAGGAAAACAAGCAUAUAUUUCAGAAAAAUUCAAAGAAGCUGAAAUGAAGUUGAGUGAAGCUGCUGAACUUUCAGUCAACAUUUAUGGAUAUUUUGCUAUCCCGACAUUUGAUCCUCAUUUUUAUUACGGAAAAACACUGCUUGAAUUAGCUCGACUAGAAGAUGAUGUUUUUACGAAUGCUUUAAAAGAUAUUUCAAGUGUAGAUAAUGCAGCUAAACGGAAGACAAAGAAUGAAGAAGACGAAAACAGUGAGAAAGGCGAAGAACUUACGGGUCAUUUCUCAUUUUCAGUCAGAUUGAACUUUGAUUCGAGUAAUUUCGUUCGAAUUAUCCUAAUUAAAAGUUACCUUAUUUUAGAAGAAGAGGAGAAUGGAAUCAGAAAAACUAUUAGAGAUGCUUUAGAAAGAAAUGCUGAAGCUGUGAAACAUAAUAUCACUUGUAAUGAGACUCAGUUUUCUGACUUGCCAGACAAAAAUAUGGAAUCACUGUAUCAUUAUUUGGUGCUUCACGAGAAAAAUAAUGCUGCUGAGAAUGGAUUGGAUGCUGAAACUACCUCAAAUAAUUCGAGGAAGAUUCAAAAAGAGAACGAUAGUAUCAUCGACAACGUGACAGAUAUGAAAUAUGCGAACAAAGUGAAUGAGGAAUGCACUGAUGUGAAAGAAGUCUUGUCCGAAGGUAAAACUGAAGAUGGAUCCAGUGAAGUAAGUGAGGUGCAUACUGUCGAGGACAGUGAGCUAGUUUCAGAAGAUAUCACGGAUGAUUCUAGUGAGAGAGAAGAUAGUGUUGAAGGUAUCGAGUAUUUGCAACUCGCAUGGGAAAACCUGGAAGUAGCUCGGGCUAUUUGUGAUAAGCAUUUAGAAGACGACAAUUGGAAGGAGAAAAAAGUGGAAGUUCUUUUGGAUCUUACUGAUUGUUCUACGGAUGCGGAAAAUUAUAAGCAGGCAGUUGAUGACAUUGAUGAAUGUAUCAUGCUUUGCGAAAGCAUUUUUCAUAAAACUGAUCGUCGUACUGCUCAGGCGUAUUUUGUCAAAGGGCGAACUUUUAAUCUUGCCAAAGAUUUCCAAAGUGCUGCUAAAGUUUUCGAAAAAUCUAAAGAAAUUUUGGUGGCGAGAAAAACGUUUUCUGUUGUGCAGGUUUACUGCUUCUGGAAGAAAGUGUCUGUAUGUCAUGAAUACAUAUUUCAUAAUAUGUAUUUAACUCUGAACUGCUACAUGUUUAUUGUAGAAAAACUCGAGGAACUGUUAGCUGAAGAAGGUGCGGAUGAUGAUAAAGAAAAGGUUAAAUUGGAAAUUGAAGAACUGAAGUCUUUAUUGCUUGAAAUUCAACUCAAAAUUGAAGAUGCAUUAGAAAGUGCGAAAAGUAUGACCAGCGUAAGUUGCAACACCACUCGCACUUAUUUUUUGCUGACCUCAGUUGUCAAAAAUUUUAUAAAACACGAUCUCAAUGCAGAGGGUGACAUAAACUCAGCGUUAAUAAAAACGAUGGAAAAUAAAGCUUCUGGUUGUAUUGAUGAUGUUAGCACUGACGAUGUUAGUAGUUUGGUUCGUAAGAAAUCGAAAAAAGCUAUUUCGGAGGAAUAUGAAAUACCAAUGAAGAAGAUGAAAGCUAAUGAGAAUUCGAAUUUGAUGAAAUUUGGUAAAAAAUUGCAGGAACCUCGAGUCUUUAUGAUAGUGUCCUGUCACAUGCAUAAUUCGAAACGUUUGGUUCAUCAGAUCUAUGUGCUUAUUAGAUACCUUGAAAAUUGUUUAUGGUGCAAAGCUAAUAAUGCUGGUGAUAUUUAG